CGGGCGCUCCGCCAGCGGCGUGAACUGUGCGGGGCGCCGCGGCGGAGCAGGCACUUCACAGCUGUGGGAAACGCCCAGAGUCAAGCUUUUGAAGCUGAAGGAAACUGAAACUGAAGCUAGCGUGGACCCCGAAUUUUAUUGACGAAGAAACUGAGCCCACAGAGCUAAAGUGACUUUGCCCAAGGUCGCCCAGGCUGCAGCCUGUGACGUUUUCAGUCCAAGGGCUCUGAGAUCUGCUUCUCCAGUCACUGCAGAGGUGCCUCCCGAGGCAGGGCCAUGCUCACGUUCAUGGCCUCUGAUAGCGAGGAAGAAGUAUGUGACGAGCGGACGUCCCUGAUGUCAGCCGAGAGCCCCUCGCCACGCUCCUGCCAGGAGGGCAGGCAGGGCCUGGAGGACGGAGAGAACACGGCCCAGUGGAGAAUCCAGGAUAGUGAGGAGGACGGCGAGGAGGACCCCGACCGCUAUGUCUGCAGUGGGGUCCCCGGGCGGCCACCAGGCUUGGAGGAAGAGCUGACCCUCAAAUACGGAGCAAAGCACGUGAUCAUGCUGUUCGUGCCCGUCACUCUGUGCAUGAUUGUGGUGGUGGCCACCAUCAAGUCUGUGCGCUUCUACACGGAGAAGAAUGGACAGCUCAUCUACACGCCAUUCACUGAGGACACGCCCUCGGUGGGCCAGCGCCUCCUCAACUCCGUGCUGAACACCCUCAUCAUGAUCAGCGUCAUCGUGGUCAUGACCAUCUUCCUGGUGGUGCUGUACAAGUACCGCUGCUACAAGUUCAUCCAUGGCUGGCUGAUCAUGUCCUCCCUGAUGUUGCUGUUCCUCUUCACCUAUAUCUACCUCGGGGAAGUGCUCAAGACCUACAACGUGGCCAUGGACUACCCCACGCUCGUGCUGGCCGUCUGGAACUUUGGCGCGGUGGGCAUGGUGUGCGUCCACUGGAAGGGGCCUCUCGUGCUGCAGCAGGCCUACCUCAUCGCCAUCAGCGCGCUCAUGGCCCUGGUCUUCAUCAAGUACCUCCCGGAGUGGUCCGCCUGGGUCAUCCUGGGCGCCAUCUCUGUGUACGAUCUUGUCGCUGUACUGUGUCCCAAAGGGCCACUGAGAAUGCUGGUGGAAACUGCCCAGGAGAGAAACGAGCCCAUAUUCCCUGCCCUGAUAUACUCAUCUGCCAUGGUGUGGACAGUGGGCAUGGCCAAGCUGGAUCCCUCCUCUCAGGGAGCCCUGCAGCUCCCCUGUGACCCCGAGAUGGAAGAAGACUCCUAUGACAGUUUGGGGGAGCCCUCAUACCCUGAAGUCUUCGAGGCCCCCCUGCCUGGCUACCCAGGGGAGGAACUGGAGGAAGAGGAGGAAAGGGGUGUGAAGCUCGGCCUCGGGGACUUCAUCUUCUACAGUGUGCUAGUGGGCAAGGCGGCGGCGACUGGCAGCGGGGACUGGAACACCACGCUGGCCUGCUUCGUGGCCAUCCUCAUUGGCUUGUGUCUGACCCUCCUGCUGCUUGCCGUGUUCAAGAAGGCGCUGCCCGCCCUCCCCAUCUCCAUCACGUUCGGGCUCAUCUUCUACUUCUCCACGGACAACCUGGUGCGCCCCUUCAUGGACACCUUGGCCUCCCAUCAGCUCUACAUCUGAGGGACCCGGGUGUCGUGGGCUGGAAGCUGCAGGGAAUUUUAACUGGACGCAGUUGUAUAGUUUUACACUCUAGUGCCAUAUAUUUUUAAGACUUUUCUUUCCUUAAAAAAAAAAGAAAGAAGGAAAUAUCAUUCACUUUGUGGAGAGGAAGCAGAAUGAGCUUUUUGGUGCUAGCUGUUUUGUCACGAGACUCUGGCCUGCCCCUUUGUGGGCACCGCCUCGCCGCGCUAACCGGACACAAGGGUUUGUGCAGACGAACCGCGAAGGUCAGGUGCCGUGGGCAGGGGCAGGGAGAAGGGCGCCCGCUCUUGCGAGGUCUGGAACAAGCCCCAGGGCCGAGACGAGCGUGAGCGAAGAGGUGUGUACGUCGGGAGCCAGGAGUGUGUGCUCGGGAACGCGCUCUGCACCUGGUGGCUCUGGCUGGAGAAGAGCCAGUUCCCUCUAAGGAAGGUCCCCAAUCCUUUGUCAGUGAUGUCAUUGUUACCUUAUUACCUUUAGA